UUCCCGGUGGCCUCCUGCGUGCGGCAUCUAGUGUCAGGCGCGUGGGGGUCCGCUAUGAUGGGCAGAACUGGGGCCACCUUUCGGGGUUCGGGGGACCGUUCCGACCCGGUGCGGAGCUUCAAUCGCUGGAAGAAAAAGCACCAUCACAGGCAGAGCCAAAAGAAACAGUUGAGGAAGCAGCUCAAGAAGCCCGAGUGGCAGGUGGAGCGCGAGGGCAUCAGCCGCCUGGUGCAGAACUACGAGAAGAUAAAUGUAAAUGAAAUUACAAGAUUUUCAGAUUUCCCUUUGUCCAAAAAAACAUUGAAAGGUCUUCAAGAAGCCCAGUAUCGGUUGGUAACUGAAAUACAGAAGCAGACCAUUGGUUUAGCUUUGCAAGGUAAAGAUGUUCUGGGAGCUGCCAAGACUGGAUCUGGCAAGACUCUGGCUUUCCUUGUUCCAGUGCUGGAAGCCUUGUACCGUCUACAAUGGACAUCAACAGAUGGGCUGGGAAUUCUGAUAAUCUCACCUACCAGAGAACUGGCCUAUCAGACGUUUGAGGUUCUUCGUAAAGUAGGAAAGAAUCAUGACUUUUCAGCGGGUCUCAUCAUUGGCGGAAAGGAUUUGAAACAUGAAGCUGAGAGAAUCAAUAACAUAAAUAUACUUGUUUGCACACCGGGCCGACUUCUUCAACACAUGGAUGAAACUAUAAGCUUUCAUGCUACCAAUCUCCAAAUGUUGGUUCUUGAUGAAGCAGAUAGAAUCUUGGAUAUGGGCUUUGCUGACACCAUGAAUGCUAUUAUUGAAAAUCUUCCCAAGAAACGUCAGACUUUGCUUUUCUCGGCCACACAAACCAAAUCUGUAAAGGAUCUGGCACGACUGAGUUUGAAAAACCCUGAAUAUGUCUGGGUUCAUGAAAAAGCAAAAUACAGUACUCCUGCUACUUUGGAGCAAAACUACAUAGUUUGUGAACUGCAGCAAAAAAUAAGUGUGUUAUAUUCCUUUUUGAGAAGCCACCUGAAAAAGAAAAGUAUUGUAUUUUUCUCCAGUUGUAAAGAGGUUCAGUAUCUGUUCAGAGUGUUCUGCCGGCUCCGCCCUGGUGUUUCUAUCCUAGCUCUGUACGGUCGGCAGCAGCAGAUGAGAAGAAUGGAGGUUUAUAAUGAAUUUGUCCGCAAGAGAGCUGCUGUGCUUUUUGCUACUGAUAUUGCAGCCAGGGGAUUAGAUUUCCCUGCUGUGAAUUGGGUUCUUCAGUUUGAUUGUCCAGAAGAUGCCAAUACGUACAUUCACAGAGCAGGUAGAACUGCCAGGUACAAAGAAGGUGGUGAAGCUUUAUUACUUUUGCUUCCUUCAGAGGAAAAAGGGAUGGUGCAGCAGCUUCUCCAGAAGAAAGUACCCGUGAAGGAAAUUAAAAUUAAUCCAGAAAAACUUAUAGACGUCCAGAAAAAAUUGGAAUCAUUUUUAGCUCAAGAUCAAGAUUUAAAAGAGAGAGCACAAAGGUGUUUUGUCUCCUACAUACGUUCAGUGUAUCUGAUGAAGGCGAAAGAUGUGUUUGAUGUGAGCAAGUUACCUAUUCCUGAAUAUGCCCUAUCUCUUGGUCUUGCUGUGGCACCAAGGAUAAGAUUUCUUCAGAAAAUGCAGCAACAAUCCACUAAAGAAUUGGAAGUGAACCAAGACAAUAAAGGAAUGGAGUCAAGGGUUGCCACCCUCUGUAAUGAUGAAGUGGAAGAAUUUCGAGCCUACUUCAAUGAUAAAAUGUCUAUCCUUAAGAAAGGUGUCAAAGAACCAGAAGUGGCAGAGUAUGGACUUUCUGAUGGUGCUAGUGAUGAAGAGGAAGAGGAGACAGAAGAUGAAGAAGUAGAAGAGAGACUGGGAAACUCUCAACCCCAAUCUGUUUCUCAUCCUAAGGAGGCAUUGAAGAUAAAGGAAGUGCCUGUGCAGUUCUUAGACAGCGAGGAGGAGGAUGUGGAGGAGGAGGAAGAUGGACUUGAUUUCUUGAAGGUCAAGCGACGCAAUGUGUUUGGGUUAGACCUUAAAGAGAAUGAAACAUCACAGGAGAAGGCAACUUCUGAUGCCAAGAAAAAAUCCAAUGUCAAGAAAAAAGUGACCAAGGUUGCUGAAGCAAAAAAAGUAAUGAAGAGAAAUUUUAAAGUGAAUAAGAAAAUAACAUUUACUGAUGAAGGAGAGUUAAUUCAGCAGUGGCCACAAAUGCAGAAAUCUGUCCUUAAGGAUUCUGAGGAAGAGGAUAAUGCUGGUGGUAUCAACUUAGAUAAAGCAAAAGAAAGGCUUCAGGAAGAGGACAAAUUUGACAAAGAAGAAUAUAGGAAAAAAAUUAAAGCAAAACAUCGGGAGAAAAGAUUGAAAGAGAGGGAAGCCCGAAGAGAAGCUAACAUGAGACAAAUAAAGGCCAAAGAAGAAGAGGAAGCCUUUUUGGAUUGGAGUGAUGAUGAUGAUGAUGGAUUUGAUCCUAGCACACUUCCAGAUCCAGAUAAAUACAGAAGCUCUGACGAAUCAGAUAGUGAAGAUACAGAGGAUAAAACUCGUGAUACCCAGAAGAAGCAGGGAAUGAGGAAACGGAAUAGCAGUGAAGUGGAAGACGGAGGACCCAGAAGUCGAAAUAAGAAGGCCAAGUGGGAAGUUUUGGAGUCCUUGGACACGGGCCUGUCUCUAGCAGAGGAUGAAGAACUGGUGUUACAUCUGCUGAAAAGCCAAAGAUAAACACGUUCUGCUCUUCUACUCAAAACUAAUGGUUGUAAUCAUUUGUGCCAAAAAUUAAAGAUACAGUUGGCUUAGGAGGUACUUGGAUCAUGUGAAUCUUGGAUUCCAAGAUUUUUUUUCCUGACAGAUGUGAUCAUAUCUCAGUGUCUCUCUUCAUAGGAUUUGCUUGCACCCAUCCUAGAGCAGACCUAGAGUAAGACUUUUCUAGCAGCUGCUCCAUUCGAUUAUAUCCGUGUGAUGCCACAUCUUGUUACUGGAAGUGCUUCCUUUGUUGUGCUGACAAUUGCUGGAGAUGUUGUGCUUACUAGAUAAAAGUUGUAUGUACUGUUUCACAAAGUAGUUCACAGUUACAGUGUACUUAAUAAUUCUAAGGUAUGAUGAACCAGCCCUGAGGAAGGAGUAUUUUUUGAGAUCAUGAUUAAUAAACAUAUUUCUUAUAAUAUAA